UAGUACUCGGGUCAUAGUAGGGUUUUGGGGAGACAGAAGAAAGAUAGCCAUGAGCAGGAGCUUGGGGAUACCAGUAAAGCUCCUACACGAAGCAGCAGGGCAUGUGGUGACGGUGGAACUAAAGAGCGGAGAGCUUUACAGAGGUAGCAUGAUUGAAUGCGAAGACAACUGGAAUUGCCAACUAGAAAACAUUACCUUCACCGCCAAGGAUGGGAAGGUGUCACAGCUCGAGCAUGUAUUCAUCCGAGGUAGCAAAGUCAGGUUUAUGGUCAUACCUGAUAUGCUCAAGAAUGCUCCAAUGUUUAAGCGCCUGGAUGCUAGAAUCAAGGGUAAAGGCACUUCACUUGGAGUUGGCCGUGGCCGUGCCGUUGCAAUGCGAGCUAGAGCUCAAGCUGCUGGUCGUGGUGCUGCACCUGGUAGGGGUGUUGUGCCACCCGUGCGGAGGUAGUCUAUCCUAAAUGGAUUUCCAGCAGCUUCUUCAUAGUGGGACUUCUCUUGUACUAGGAGGGGCUUGAAUGUUUCUUUGCGAGAUUUUCUUUUAAUUGCCGAAGAAAAAAGGUGGUGGAAGUAAAUGCCUUGUCAUUAGAUUUUGUCUUGUCAGCUUUUAGGCUAACUUUAUGCAUAGACUACUACCAAGUUUCUAUGUACCAUUAUCGUGAACAGAAAUACAGAAUGAGCAAGAGACACCACUGGUUAUUGAAGA